AUGAGCAAAACGCAGAGACGGUGCAAUCGUAAAGCUCAAAUAGUCCAGGCUCCAGAAAAUGCAGCGGUACUGGAGGGUGAAGAUGCACUCUUCUUUUGCGGCGUUGAAGGUAACCCUGAACCGACUAUCAACUUUCGCCUUGAUGGUCAUCCUGGACGACUAUCUGGUGAGAUAGGCAGAGUUGUUUCAAUUCCGGGUAAAGGAGGCAGCUUUUUGCGAUUAUUCAAAGUCUCCUCCAAACGAAACGGUACCAAGGUAGAGUGCUAUGCGAGCAAUCACGUUGGAAGUGACAAAUCCUCGGCUCAGCUAAAAGUAUACAAGUACACCGAUAGUGUCCCCGUAGGGUUUCCUAAAUUCGUUCGCUCCCCCAAAUCACAGGCCGUUGACGUAGGGAAGACUGUUCAUUUGGAAUGUGAAGCAGAAGGUGCACCAGAACUAAAAUUUCUCUGGCUCAAGAAUGAAAUUCCGGUCCACUUCCAACAAAAAGUCCAGUCUUUCGACUAUUCUACCAAAAACAACCACGAUGGUUCGGUUGAUGAAUCAAGUAUAGCACACUAUCCACUCUAUUUCGAAAGCGUUAAUUCCUCCGACGAUGCGCAUUACGAAUGUGUUGUUUCCAACAAAUAUGGAUCAAUUGUGAGCUCGAAAAUACACUUGGUUGUAAAAGACACGUUCUAUCCACCGACAAUCAUCGAACAACAAGAAAAAGUGGAAGUACGACCGGGACAGGGUGCAAACUUAUCCUGCACUGCAAAUGGGAAUCCUAGACCACAAGUAAAGUGGCUAACAGACCAAGAGAAGCCUCUCACAGAGGCCGUCGAGUGGAAGGCCAUUCUUUUCCUCACCGACGUUACGGAGCCGCGUGUCUACAUCUGUGUAGCCAAUAACAGUCUCGGACAGUUGAAAUAA